UUGAAGAAAUUAAAUCGGGAUAAUUCGGCAUCGAAGUUGGAGUACGGACUAGUAAAAUUCGACUAGCCGUGUGCACUCCAUGUAAUUGCGGGCCGUUUGAACUCUGACUUCUUUCUUCAGUGCCGGUGUUUUAGUGAAAGUGAUCCAAAAUACCCGGGAUAAUGAACUCGUACUUUGAGCAGACCGCGGGUGGCUUCUACGGAAGCCACCAUCAUCAAGCAGGAGCGGCAAGUCAGCAUCAUGAUCCAGCCACCGCAGCAGCGUAUCGAAGCUUUCCACUCGGAUUAGGUAUGUCGCCUUACGCUUCGGCGCAGCAUCAUCAUCACACAUCAUCCUCGUUAGGAAUACACCCAGGCGGUGGAAGCAAUACAAGACCACCUCAAGACUCGCCAUAUGACGCGAGCGUUGCGACGGCUUGCAAGCUUUAUUCAACGACACCUGAAGCAACUGGUCAUACCACGUCUUCAUAUUCAACAACGGCAACGAAAGACUGUAAGCAACAGGAUCAAACGUCGACCCAUCAAAACGGCUAUGCUGCGGUGAUGGCAGCGGCGGCGGUCAAGGACGUUUGGCAGUCAGCGACCUCAGGAGCGAACAGCCAGAGUAAUUCGGUCGUACGUCCCUCUGCGUGUACCCCAGAGAGUACAAGGGUUAGUAGCUACGGUGGUCUCGUAGGCGGUGAUCCAGCAUCGAGUCCUGGUAACAAUAGUUCGUCAAGAUCCCUCACGUCGUCUUGGAACACCUGCAGUUUAAACUCGUCCGCGAGUCAACCGGUCGCUACGCAACUACAUCAGCAACCUACCAGCAACCAUACCUUCUACCCCUGGAUGGCUAUAGCAGAUUCACCCGAAUCUCUAUCCGACCUGUCUACGAACCCGCCAGUUCAACUCAAUCCGUCGUCGAUGCCUCAUCGAUAG